UCUCUUUCUCUCUCUUGUUCUUUUACUUUGCCACUGCACGUUGGUUUUUGUAUUCGGUGUUCCAGAAAAAAAAAAAAAAAGAACUUUUAGCUCAUCUUCUUUCAAUCUUUCUACAACUUCUGAGAACAUCAAGGACAAGUCUGCUAAACUACUAAAGUUGGCUUAUCUUAAAAAGCUAUCUUAUCAAGUCAUCAACUUAGUUUUCUUGAUCAAAGUAAGAGAACCCUUUCAAUCAACCAAAGUAGAAUAUAUAAAACACGGUAAUAGAACAAUGUCUGGUGUAACCUUAGCCGUGGCUCCUGGAAGUGGGCCUGACAAAACCACAACGCCAACCUCAAGUCUCGAAGCCAAACCCUUCCAAUCAAAUACUCCUAAUCAGCAACCAAAUGCCCCCACGGGAAUAAUUGGGUCAUUACGUGUUAUAGAGCUCCAACUAGUAGCCUUCAUUAUGGUCUUCUCUAUCAGUGGAUUAGUCCCACUUCUCGAUCUUAUCUUCCCUGCCUUUGCCUCUGCUUACAUCAUUGCACUUUCGCGGUUUGCGUUUCCUUCUUAUACCAAUGUCCGGUCUCACUCAAUUGAGAUUUUCAGGGGAAGUAGGCUUUUUCGGGUCUAUGUAAUUUUGGGGACUACAAUAGGAUUGUUCUUGCCUCUUGCAUAUGUCUUAGGGGGGUUUGCAAGAGGGGAUGAUCAUGCAGUCAGGUCAGCAACGCCUCAUUUGUUUUUGCUCUCAUUUCAAAUACUCACCGAGAACAUUAUAAGCGGACUUUCCUUGUUUUCCCCUCCUGUGAGAGCAUUGGUUCCUUUGCUGUACACAGUCCGCAGGAUCUUCGUUAUUCUUGAUUGGAUGCAGGAUGUUUGGAUAAACAAGACAUUGAAAGUCAAUGCUUCUCUUAAGGACUUUACGUGGUAUUGGUUUGGAAGGAGCUUGGCAGUUGCUAACCUAGUGUAUUUCUCCAUCAACCUCUUAUUCUUCUUGAUCCCUCGGUUCCUUCCUCGGGCAUUCGAGAGGUAUUUCAAUGAAAGAGACGAGAUCCAGAGGAAGAUUUCCGAGGAUAGGCACCAGACUUCUGUCAACACAUCUCAAUCUUCGGAUAAGAAAUCCAACUGAUCGAAUCGUACUUUAAAACAAUAAUCUGGUGACUUCUUUUUUCUAGUUCUCUUGAAUCUUGCAACUUGCAAAGAUCUUCUCGGGCGAUAGUUUAGAGAACUUUGGUUACAUGCAAACUAAUUUCUGCUUUAGAAAACAGGAUAGGGUUCUUUCAAAUGAUUCAAGUUUUGAUGUGCUUAUUCAUAGAAAGUUCCUUACAUCCCAUUUGAAAUGUUUCUAAUGUCAUUUUCAUAGCAGUCCUUCUCAA